UUUUUUUUGAAUAAAAACAAAAGCCUGAACUGUGGGCCGGUUGCGUUAGAAUCAAUCCGGUAACAUCUCGCCUGCCCAAUUUAUUUCAGGAUGUCCCUCGAUGAUAAAGAAGAUGUCGUUAUCGACAACCCUGACCCCCACUUUGAACCCAUCGUUUCAUUGGCGCCUGUUCAAGUUGUCACUCUUGAAGAAGAUGAGGAGGAACUAGUCAAAUUACGAGCGAAACUCUUCAGAUACGAUCGUGAAAGCGAGCCGAAGGAGUGGAAAGAGCGUGGCACUGGGGAAGUUAAGAUCCUGAAGCACAAGGUCGAUGGCACCUGCAGGAUUCUAAUGAGGAGGGACAAGACGUUCAAGAUUUGUGCCAAUCAUUAUAUAACACCUGACCUGGAGUUGAAGCCAAAUUGUGGGAGUGAUCGCGCCUGGUGCUGGAGCACACUUGCAGAUUUUGCAGACGAGCAGCCAAAGUCUGAAUUGUUGGCCAUCAGAUUUGCUUCUUCUGAAAAUGCCCAGAAGUUCAAGGAUGCCUUUGAUGAAGCCAGGUCGUUGUCCGUGUCCAGAGUAGAGGCCAGCAAGUCGGCAGUGAGCAACAAGUCGAUCGGUGAGAACAACAACAACACAUCAGCAACCAGUGAACAAGAGGACAAUGAGGAUUCCAAAGUGGGCGAAACGGGCAUUAAUGGAGAUGUUACGAAUGAUUGUCUUCACGAGGCAGAUGCGAAGGAAGAAUCGCAUGAUACAAAACAACCAGUUGAUACAACGCAGUCAGGUGAUACAAACCAACAAGAUGAUACAAAAGAAAUAGUGGAUACCAUAGAAACAGAUGCAGGCAGCAAGACUCCUUCUGAUUCAUCCGCAAAUGUAACGCAACAACUUGAGCUGAUGACUGUCAAAGACAAAUAACAUGCUACUUCAUCCAAUACUUGUUAUUUUGUGUGUUGAAUUGGUUACUCGAUGAAUGAGACAUCUGUAGAACUUGUUGGGGAUAAUGUUAAAGUCAUCAGCUAAUAAUGAAUUGUUUAAACUGGUCAUGUUAUAUUUAUGUUUGUGCAUGAUAUAUAUAUAUAUAUUUAUAAGAUGAUAUUUUUAUCUGAUACAAUAUAAAUCGUCAAUUAUAAUACUUUGAUGUGAUACAUACAUCUGAAUGAACAUAUCUGUCUUCCUACUGAUGGCAAGUAGGUUGUACUCGAUAAUAAUAUAAUGUUGAAAUGUACAUAUAUUGAAUUUAUAUUUUUUAACAUUUUCAAAUUUUAUUUCGUAGUCAUUUGUGUUUUACAUAAAAUAUGUCUCAACGACUAA